AGGAAGUUAAAGAGAAAAAUAGACGGCAAUUUAAGUGAUAAGCUGCACACUGUAUCUGUGUUGGAGAAGUAGCUUGGGGAUGAGGCAGGGCAGAGGGGCUGGACGAGGGUUGUAAACGUCUUUUUAUGUAGAUGUGAAAAGCCGAAGAGCUCAAACACACACAGACAGAGAAGGAGACAGAUUCACCUGACAGAGGAUUGUACACAUAUACAGAUCAAAAUGAAGACGCUGCUCUUCCUAUGGUGCACAGUAACAGUGGUCCUGGGACUGGCUCCAAACAAGGUUGUCCAGAGAGACCUUCUCCCAGCACAGGGCCAUGUGGUGCAAGAAGAUUCACAACCCCUGAUGGUGAAAAGAACUGAAUUGAGGCAGAUCAAACAGGACACAAACCCAGAAUCGGUCCCCCUGGUGCAGGAGAAAGAAGCAGAAGUCCCUUUGGUGCAGGAGAAAGAAGCAGUGGUCCCCCUGGUGCAGGAGGUAGAAGCAGUGGUCCCCCUGGUGCAGGAGGAAGAAGCAGAAGUCCCCCUGGUGCAGGAGGAAGAAGCAGUGGUCCCCCUGGUGCAGGAGGAAGAAGCAGAAGUCCCCCUGGUGCAGGAGGAAGAAAAGGAAGCGGUGCCUGUGAUGGACCCAGGCCUAGAUAUGGAGCCAGCAGCAGAGCCGCAGCCAGAGGAAGAGGUUGAUCCUGAGAUGGGAGUGAAAUGGGGGUUGGAGAGGUCAGAAGUUGAAGAAGGUCCUAUCUUGGAGGAAGAAUCCCUGGGGGUUGAGGAGCCAAUGAUGGAGCUGGAGCCACUAGAAGACGAGAGUCUGGUUGGACAGGAUCUGACCAGUGAUGAGCUGCAACAAUCAGUUUUCCAAUAUGAAUUAGAGCAAGAACCAAUCAUGGAGCUGGAACCAUUGCCAGAAGAGGGGCUCGGAAUGGAGAGGAAACCGUAUGUGAUGGAUGAAGAACCAAUCAUGGAGCUGGAACCGUUGCCCGAGGAGGGGCUUGGAAUGAACAGCAAACUACAUGUCAUCAUGGGUGAAGAACCAAUCAUGGAGCUGGAGCCUUUUGGCCGUCAUCCAGUCAUGGAAUACAAUGACAUCAUGGUUGAAAAGCCCAGGAUGGAACUGGAGCCAGAAAUACACAGAGUUCCUUAUUCAGGGACAGGUCGUCUUUCUGUGAUGGUGGAGGAGCCAGUGAUGGAGUUGGAGCCCUUGGCAGGGGAGGAGUCAGACCUUUCUCCAAUGAAGCGUGGGACUCCAGGAGUGGGAGGGCCUCUCCUCUUUGAGCAGCCAAUCAUGGGAGAGGGUCCAAUGAUGGACGGGGCUGCUCACGUACGGCUGGAGGCCGUGAGGGACAGGAGGGCUCUGGGGGAGGAGGGGCAGGCAAACCGCCACCAGGUGGAGACCUAUAUCACAGGGAGGCGCUCCUGUCCUGGUGUGAUCCUGGGGGAUAAAUGCUACCAGUUUUUCAAAAGUCCUAAAAAGGCUGCAGAUGCUGAGUUCUUCUGCCAGAGCAGUUUCCCCCAGGGCCACCUGGCCUCCGUCACCAGCCAGCAGGUCCACAGGCAGCUGAUGGACCUGAUGCUCCAGCACAGCGGGGCAUACACACGCACCUGGGUGGGAGGACUGCGCUACCUGGAGACUGGUCGCUUCAUCUGGUUGGACGGAGCACACUGGGCCUAUGAUGACUUCCUGCCUGGAGAACCCAAUAACACAGCAGAUGUUGAAAACUGUAUAGAGCUGCUGGCAAUUGGAAAUGGAAAGUUCAAUGACAUGCCCUGCUGGGACCUGAGGUCAUUCAUCUGCUCCCACCCAAUCUAGAGCUGAUAUCAGACCAGCAAAGGCUUCUCUCCUCUGAUGGGAAAGCUCAGGACUUGUUAGAGUCAAGAUGAUAGCAACGUGAUAGAACAGAACAUGCACGUUUGGAGAAGUUAAGGUUUAUUUUCUAUAUUUCGUGAAGUAUUUUGUUUUGUAUGAUGCCUGUGUAAAAAUUUACAUUUGUUG